AUGAAUCAAAUAGAAACUAUAACGUUUCCUUCAAGUUUUUAUUCAUUGUUGAGUCAAAAGGAAGAGAAUAAAGAUGAAAAUGAAGAUGUAGCUAAUAAAAAAGAGAAUUUUGAAGACUACAAGACUAACAACAAUUUUGUAACCAAAUUUGUUGAGCAAUUCCCUUUGUGGUUAAAAUGCUCGACAAACUUGGAAUUGGACUCAAAACUGAGGGAAUUUGCUAUUGAAAUUAAUCAAGAAAAUAUUUGUGAGGCUAUAAAGGAAGAAGAAUUUGAAAAUUCAAGAAGAUCAAGUCCAGCCUCAACCCCAGAGGAUAGUGACACUGAAAGGGAUGAAAGUGAAGAUAAGGAUUGCAAUAUUACAAGGACUGAAAUACAGGAAUACAUGUUUUUGGUUGCUUUAAUUUAUGAAUUGAAUUUAAUGUCGGAGGAUGAAAAUUGGAUUAGAACAAGAAUGCACCGGCAUAGCAAACACCCGUGGCAGUUCAUUCUAGUCACUUUGCUAGUCACCGGUAAAGCUGCUGACUGAACCUACCAUGAAAAUGCUUCACCAUUCCCUAAUCAGCGUGGUUCUUUUGCUUCAUUUGGGAGGCAUUUGCCGCCUUUUGACCGAUUUCACCCUCUUUUUACCGCCUUUUUGAGACCUUUUUACCCCCUUUUGGAUAUUUUUAAAGGGCCAGC